AUGAGCGAGGAGCGGAAGGGCCCGGCCCUGGAAAAGGGCAGCCCUGAGGCGGGCGGGCAGUCCGAGGACGAGGUUGUCGCCGCGGUUCAAGAAGGCGUCGUCGUCAAUGCCUCUGGGUACAAAGACCAGCUGAGACGACAGUACAGCCUGCUCGGGCUGGCUGGCAUUGCAUUGACCGUGGACAACGCCUGGGUUGCACUGGGGUCCUCAAUCUCGCUUUCUCUCUCCAACGGUGGACCCCCUGGUCUUAUCUUCGGGCUUAUCGUCGCCGUUUUCUAUUACACGUUUAUUGGCCUUGGGCUUGCUGAGUUCUCAUCCUCGGUGCCGACCGCCGGCGGUGUGUAUCAUUGGGCCACCAUUGCAGGCGGUCCCAAAUGGGGUCGAAUACUCGGAUUCUUCACAGGUUGGAUCAACUUCUACGGAUGGAUGUUUGACCUGGCAGCGCUGGUUCAGAUCGGCGCCAAUAUCAGCGUAAAUCUGUAUCUGGUGUACCAUCAGGACACCUACGUAUUCCACGCAUGGCACGUCUACAUUGCCUAUCUCCUGAUCUUAUGGGCAUCGGUCGCCCUGGUCAUCUUCGUCAACAGGGUCAUACCACACACGCAGACGGCGGGCAUGUUCUUUGUGAUUGUGGGCGGCAUCGUGACCAUCAUCGUCGUUGCCGCGAUGCCGAAACACCACGCGAGUAAUCACUUUGUAUGGAACUCCUUCAGCGAGAACAACCUCACGGGAUACUCGGGUGGUGUCGCCUUCAUGCUGGGUGUUCUCAAUGGCUCCUUUACGAUAGGAACUCCUGAUGCCAUUACACACAUGGCAGAAGAGCUGCCACACCCGAAAAAAGACCUGCCCAAGGCAAUUGGCCUCCAGAUCGGGUUGGGCUUCUUAUAUGCUUUCCUUUUCGCUAUCACGAUCUGCUACGCUAUUACGGACCUUGAGGUGCUGCAGAGCGGGCUCAACACUUAUCCUCUGGCGAACAUUUACGCCCAGGCGACCGUUAGAUCUGAUGGUUCUCAGAACCUCGGCGCACAGUUUGGGCUGUUGUUCAUCAUCUGGUGCUCGACCUUGCUCUGCUGCAUCGGCACCGUUGUGACUAACUCUCGUAUCUACUGGGCGCUUGCCCGCGACAACGCCGUGCCGUUCUCCAAGUUCUUCGGCAUCGUCGACGAGCGCCUCAGCUGCCCCGUCCCCGCGACCCUCUUCGUGGCGAUCAUUGCGACCGGGCUCGGAGCCAUUCCGCUGGGCAGCUCGACCGCGUUCCUGGAUCUCACAGGAUCUUUCAUCAUCCUGACGACCGUGUCGUACGCCAUCCCGUUCAUGGCAAAUGUCCUGACCAAGCGGAGGCACUUCCCCAGGGGCCCUUUCUACCUGGGCAAGUUCGGCACACCAGUCAACAUUGCUGCUGUUGUGCUCAUCUCGCUUUUCAAUAUCUUCUAUUGUUUCCCAUUCGCCAUCCCUACUACAAGCGACGCUAUGAACUACAACAGCGUCAUCCUGGUCGGAGUUGUCGUUCUGACUGGAGCGUGGUGGGUUGCACAUGCGAUUAGGAAUUACCCUGGCCCCAGGGUCAUGACACUGUAUAUCCACGCGGACGGAUCGACAGGCGUGGAGCCUCUGGCGGCUGGGGGUCUGAACGCUGAGUCGGUGGAGAACAAGUCUUGA